AUGCUUCCUCUAAGCGCUGCAACAAGCAUAGAAGCUUUGAGUGGAAUUUGCGGGUCCAUAUCAAUAGCAUGUUGGGUUGUCGUAUUUUCCCCCCAGAUCAUUGAAAACUUCCGUCGCAGCUCCGCAGAUGGUCUAUCAUUAGAAUUCCUCGUCGUCUGGCUCGCUGGAGAUGUCUUCAACAUUAUCGGAGCGGUCAUGCAAGGCGUCUUGCCUACCAUGAUCAUAUUAGCUGUAUACUAUACACUCGCUGACAUCAUCCUGCUUGGCCAAUGUUUUUAUUAUCGCGGCCUCAGCGUGUCAGAUGUUACCAAAAAUUCUGAACAGGAGGACAGGAGAGCGCCUACGCAGGAAAGAACACCUGCAACACAAUCGUCAGAACAAACGCCACUUCUGCAUAACUGGUCACAAGGAGAAGGUAAUAGCUCAAGUAGCAGGGGAGCUACCAAUCCACGACGGGAAUCUCUCAGAUCAAUCGCAUCUUUACAACAACACCUUACAUCCGUCGAUGGAACCCAUCUAUCUCCAGCAGUACCGCUACGGAAAGAAGUAGGCUGUACUGCACCACGCCCUUCAUCAACGUUCCAGAUAAUUGCUUUCAACACCUUCAGCAUCACCCUUGUUUGUGCAGCGGGAAUUCUAGGAUGGUAUGUCAGCGCCAGCUCAAGGCAGCAGCACAACGAACCUGAUCUCCAAAAACCAGACGACACACUCAAAUUCGACAUCACGGGCCAAAUAUUUGGAUACCUAUGUGCUGUGUUCUAUCUUGGUAGCCGAAUCCCUCAGUUACUCCUCAACUGGCGCCGAAAGAGCACUGAAGGAGUAUCCUUACUAUUUUUCAUAUUUGCCUGCAUCGGCAAUCUGACAUAUGUGCUUUCUAUAUUCGCUUAUUCACCUGUUUGCCAGGGUGAGCAUGGCAAAUGUCGGCCUGGUGAGCGGCAGAGUAUAUACGGACGAUAUAUGGCUGUGAACGCCUCUUGGCUAGUGGGGAGCAUGGGGACCUUGUUCAUGGACCUGGCUAUCUUUUCACAGUUUAUUAUGUAUAGGGGAAAAGAUGGAUGUAAUGAUAUCCAGGCGGAAUAA